AUGCCUUCUGGGACCCCAUUCAUUUGUUAUUCCUUUUUGAAUUCCUUUCUUUCCUUAUGCCUCCCAGACCCCUUUCAUUUCAUAUUCUUUCCGGAAACCCUUUCUAUCCGUAUGCCUUCUGGGACCCCAUUCAUUUGUUAUUCCUUUGAGAAUUCCUUUCUUUCCUUAUGCCUCCCAGAGCCCCUUACUUUUGAUAUUCGUUUUGGAAACCCUUUCUAUCCGUAUUCCUUCUGGGACCCCAUUCAUUUGUUAUUCCUUUGUGAAAUCCUUUCAUUCCUUAACACUUUUCAUUUGAUUUUAUUUACGGAAAACCAUUCUAUCCGUAGGCUUUCUGGGACACCAUUUACUUGUUAUUCCUUCGUGAAUUCUUUUCUUUCCUUAUGCCUCUCAGACACCCUUUCAUUUGAUAUUCUUUUCGGAAACACUUUCUAUCCAUAUGCCUUCUGGGACCCCAUUCAUUUGUUAUUCCUUUGUGAAUUCCUUUCUUUCCUCAUGCCUCCAGACCACCCUUCAUUUGAUAUUCGUUUCGGAAACCCUUUCUAUCCGUAUGCCUUCUGGGACCCCAUUCAUUUGUUAUACCUUUGUGAAUUCCUUUCUUUCCUAGUGCCUCCCAGACCCCCUUUCAUUUGA